GUUCGCCGGAGUUCGCCGCCAGGCAGCUGUCAGGGAAAGUUGUGGAUUUUUUCAAAAAAGUGUAAAUUUGCCUAAUUUUAAAGCACAUUUGUGCACAAUCGUGUGAUUAAAUGUGAUAAGAAGAUCCCGUGGAGGUAAUCAUGCCCAACAUCCCAGUCAGAUUGUAGAUUAUCGAAGUGAAAAGACCAAUUUGGAAAUGCCAACAUCGGACAAAGUUGUAAGAUUGCCAGAUCCAACAGUCAGAACAUAUCGAUAUCGAACAUCUGAUGAACGUCCACCUGUGUAUUCAAGAAAAUUGUAUAAAGAUUUUUUACCGAAAUCACUCAUCACGCAACACCAGAAAACCCAUGUUCAAUUGAAAACAUUAAAAACUAAUUAUAACGGUGGGAAAGAUGUGGAGAAGAAGGAUGUAGACAAUCCCUGGAUAACAGGUGGUGCUCUUGGCUCGAAAGAUGCCGUUCUUGUGUUCAGAACUUGCGUUCUAUCGCAGCAUCAUACAUCAACAUCGGAAGUAGAUUUGGUGGAUACUGGUAGUCCUUCGACGUCUAGUGAAUGUGUAGCUGGGGUGGAAUCACUGCCAUUGCUGGAUCCACCUCCGGCAAAGCCGGAAAUGAAGAAGAGUUUGGGAAAGCAAUUGGUGGUGAAUAAAUUGCGGGUGCAGCUUGUGUCAUCGAUAAGUGAUCCGUCGAUUUCGCGUCGGAAUGGGAGUGAUUCGAGUGGAACGGGAAGUGAUAUGGAGAAGGAGAUGGAAUUUAAGUCAAUCUCUGACUCUGAAACGCAUGCCAGUGAAGAUAGUGGUAGUGAUUCGGUGCAGAAGUCACCGCGGAAGAUGGAAAAAUCGCAAUCAGAUGUGAUUGUGCCCAAAGAUAAGUCUGAAAUGCCGGGAGCUGUGCUCAAUGUUCGGUAUCGUUUUAUGAACACUGAGACGCGGCUUUUGAGGAAGAUUCUCGGUGGGCAUGGAUUGAAGGAGGCGGAGGAGGAUGAGACAUUUAAUCUGCUUUGGACGGGAAUUCAUCUAAAGCCAGAUAUUCUGCGGAAUCUCCUUCCCUAUCAACGUGUUAAUCACUUUCCCAGAUCUUCAGAAUUGACACGAAAAGAUCGAUUGUACAAGAACAUCGAAAAGAUGCAGCAUUUGCGUGGAGGCUCGAAGAAUUUCGACAUUGUGCCAGAGUCCUAUCUACUGCCUACUGAAUAUCGUGAUUUAGUGAGUGCCCACAAUAAGUACCGAGGCCCUUGGAUUGUUAAGCCGGCUGCAUCGAGUCGUGGUCGUGGAAUAUAUAUCGUCAAUUCUCUGGAUAAGAUUCCGUCGGAUGAGCAAUUGGUGGUAGCCAAAUAUAUCAGUGAUCCUCUGUGCAUUGACGGGCACAAAUGUGAUGUGCGUUUGUAUGUGGCCGUGACGUCAUUUGAUCCUCUUCUGAUUUACGUUUAUGAAGAGGGUUUGGUGCGUCUGGCUACGGUCAAGUACAAUCGCAGUUCGGAGUUUCUCUGGAAUUCUUGCAUGCAUCUCUGCAAUUACAGCAUCAACAAGUACCAUUCGGAUUAUAUUAAGAGCCGGGAUGCUGGGGAUGAAGAUGUUGGGCACAAAUGGACGCUGAGUGCGUUGCUGAGGCAUCUGAAGAGUCAGGGAUGCGAUACGGAGCAACUGAUGCUGAAUAUUGAAGAUGUCAUCAUCAAGGCCAUCUUCUCCUGUGCACAAUCCAUUGUUGCUGCCUGUCGGAUGUUUGUGCCAAACAAUAACAAUUGCUUUGAACUCUACGGCUUUGACAUUCUCAUCGAUGAUACACUCAAACCCUGGCUGCUGGAAGUGAAUCUUUCUCCGUCUCUGGGGAUUGAUACGCCACUCGAUGCGAAAGUCAAAGCUUCCCUGCUGACGGAUCUGCUGAAUAUGGUUGGAAUUCCGGCUAUUAGUCCGUUGCUGAAGGCUGCGUACGAUAGCAAAUACGUAAAGCAUCGGAACUUCCAUGGAAGGCGAGCCAAUUCCGCGGACUUCAUUCAGGGAAGUCACACUCUGCCAAAGAAACAUCAGCAUCAUACGCUUACGAGUCUCACCACGGAAGAGCUCAGGAUUGUGCGAUCGGCUAAGGCGCAAUUCGCUCGACGCAGUGGCUUCAUCCGUAUCUUCCCCACGGAGGACAGUCUGGCCAAGUAUGGACUGUACAUGGAUCCAGUCACCGGGAUUCCAACGUCCACGCCGCCGCCAUCCGGAACGUCGGUUUGUGCCAUGAUUAUUCCGCACAACUUCAAUGUGAUGCUGCAUGGUCAACUGUAUCCCGCGGAUUCUGCCGAAGGAGAGAGCGGAAUAGCCGAAAGGAUGCAGCAGUACGAACGAGCUCUGGAGACGAGUCAACCGCUCAAUCUGGGCAACAAGAUGUACCAGCCAAAGAGUACGGAUGAGGCUCGACGUCUGCGAAAGCAAAUCAGGAAGUUGAUAGAGAAUGGGAGUGAGAUGUCGCAGAUGCAGGCGAGGAAGGCUUUUCAAAUGUACCUGGAAUGUAUUCUGCGACGUGUGUCGACGGAAUCGAAACAGUGCCACGAGAAGCUCAUUCUCAAAUUUAUCCAACGAUCGGGUGUGAAUUUUAAGACUCCUUUCUUCAUACGCAAUCCAUUUAGUCACAAGAUCCUGAGUAAGGAUCGAAGUGCGCUAGUGGCUAAGCAAUUGGGAGACUAUUUGGAGGUGUACAAUAAGGAGACUGAAGCUCUAAGUGACUCUUUUGAUCCGUACGGAUCUAUUCCGAAUCGCCUGUUUAGUGAUUUUCUGUGUCAGGCACAAGAGUCAGAUCUAGAGGCAAUUCUCACUAUUCACACCAAUGCCACGCAACAAAUGCCAUUUCUGUACAAUCGCUGUGCUCCUGGAGCUCCGGCAGCUCCUCCAAUUCCCGUUGGAGCUCAUGGAUUCCUCAAGGCGUUGCCGAAUAUGGCACCGAUUGGAGUUAGUCAGGAAUCUCAUAAAAUCGAUCAGUACUACAAAUCCAUUGAGGCACGAUCGCCCGAAAAGGAGAUUCAGAAUGGCAAGAGGCUCCCGGAAAAAACCUUUUCCUUUAACACAAUGAAGCGAAAGACUACAACCAAAUAACUUUGUCCCCUGCUUUGAAAAUUAUCCCCGUUCUCCCCAUUUUAUCUCUAUCCCAGUUCCAAUCAAUCUCUUUCAGCAAUCUUCAGGCAUUAGGAAACAAAAAAAGAAAGAAAAAAAGUAAGUAAAAUAACGCUAAAGAGGACAAAACGAUAGUCAAAGUAUUGUGAUAAAAACCAAGCAUUUUUUGUUCAACUCGAAUUUUAUUUUUUAAUUUCUUGGAGAUCUGUGAGAUUUAUUAAUGAAUAAUGUAAUAACUUUUUCCAAUGGUAAAAAUUCUACUUUUGUAGGUAAUUUUUGUAAUAAUUGUAAUUUAUAAAUAUUUCAAAAUACGAUUGCAUGUGCGCGCUAGGUUAUCUCUUUUUUUUACAAUUAGUUCUUUUUUGUGGUAUUAAUUUCAACUAUAUGCAGCUUCAUGUUGUCUAGUCAAUUAAACCACGAUAUUACUAUUAUUUUUUAAAAAAAAAUAUUUUUAAGAAGAACUAACAAUGAAUACAGUGAACAAAAUACAAUUAGAGCAAUACUGAGUACUUAGGAAAACAAAUGUACACUUGCAAUUUAAGAAGCCACCAAAGAUGGUAAGAGAAUAUUUUUAUUAUUUAAAAAAAAAUAUCCAAGUGCAAAAGCACAAUUUUUCAAGUUAAAAUUAAAAAAUAAUUCUUUUAAAGAAUAAAAUAAUUUUAAUAACUUAAUUUUCUUAAAA